CAGCAGAUAGCGCGCGAAUUGAGCUGUCAAAAAUCCUAUAAAUUGCUCUACCGCUCCCGGUAGGGAUUUAUAUUAAUUUAUUUUUGCUAAUUAAUUGACAGAAUAUUUAAAAAUGUCUACGCGUUGGUAUCCUAUUUAUCAACGCGGUAACCCACAGCUACGUAUAUUCCUGCCAAAUUUCUGGAUGAAAUUGAUUCGGCCAGCGGAGGAACAGCCAAAGAACGUCGCCACCUUUUCAGUGUCCAUGCAGAUGACCAAAUAUGAUGUACAAAAUUAUCUGGAGAAAAUUUAUAAAUUACCAGUUGUGGACGUACGCACACGUAUUGAAUUGGGAAAAACGAGACGCGAUCAAGUACAUGGCUAUGUGACCAAGGGAGACGACGUUAAGAUUGCUUAUGUAACUCUACCCAGAAACGAAGAGUUUACAUUCCCCGAUUUGUUUGAAACGAAAGAGGAGCAAAAGAAGGCAGAAGAAAAAUCUUUAGAUGACUCGAAACAAGGUUUUAAGCGCUUCCUCGACCGCAAUAAAAAACGUCCUGGAACACCCGGGUGGUACUCUAUUUAGUUUAAUAAGCAUAAAUAUAGUAGAAAUGUGAACCGCACCAAAAAAUGCAUUCUUUUGUACGAAAAGUUUGGGUUAUACAUUACCAGUCCGGUGCUGAGGUUCGUCUAAGCGCCAUCAUCUUCAAAUACCAAAAUGAUUGGGGAUAAUGUGCCACCAUUACAAACUGAAUUUUGUAAAAAUUCCGUUAAUAAAGCGCAUUAAUUUAAUUUA